CCUUUACUCCUUUACUCCUUUACAUCUGCCUACCUCCCCAUCAAAUCAUCAAUUCCCUCUCCUACCUUCUUUUCCAUAUAACCACUCAAAAACUUUAGUAAUCACCCCUUUCCCUCCCUCUUAACUCUUUCCAUUUUCUUCCACUCUUUUCCAUUUCCUUUUUUUUUUCUCUCUCCUCCUCCUCCUCCUCCAUGGACGACGAUCCUUACCACGUCCCUCAACAAAGCCGACGUCACAAACUCCGCUACCACCCCCACAACCACAACCACAACCAUCGGAACAACGAUAUCGACAUCGAUAUCAUUGUUCCGCAACACCAUCACCAACACCCUUUUCUCUCCCCUCUCCAAGUACUCCACCCAACUUCUUCAUCAGCUGAUCAUCAUCCGCCGACAAUGGCGGCGGCAUCAACUAAUCUAUCACUUUCUUCCUCCUCUGCCCACGCGCGCGCGUACCUUCCUUCUCCAGUGGGCCCAUUUACGGGCUACGCUUCUAUAUUGGGCCGAUCUAGGUUCCUCCGGCCUGCCCAAGAACUUCUCGAAGAAUUCUCCCGUGCCAGUGGAGUUUCCUUCCAGAAACAAGGUCCUUAUAAGAUUCUAGAAGAUUCUGGAACCUUGUUUAAUGAUACUGAUGAUGAUUUGUCACUCCGAUGUAGUAAUCCUAACCUCGUAUCUAUGCUUCAUGAGGUUUACAAGAGAUAUAAACUCUACUGCCAACAAAUGCAAUCAGCUGUUUCAUCAUUUGAAUCUGUCGCGGGUCUUGGAAAUGCUGCCCCAUUCUUAUGCUUUGCUGUUAGAGCCAUGCUUAGGCACUUCCAGUGCUUAAAGAAUGCCAUUCUAGAUCAAAUUCGCGUUACUAGUAAAGCUUUCUCAAGUAGCGUAGAUACCAGGAGUGAUCGUACUCCAGGGUCCUGCUCAGAAGACAAAGGUCCAUCUCCUAACUUUCUCCAACAUCCUGUUUGGCGAUCCCAAAGAGGAUUUCCUGAUAAAGCUGUUGCUGUUCUGAGAAAUUGGCUAUUUGAACACUUUCUACACCCUUAUCCUAGCGAUUCUGACAAGCACAUGUUGGCGCAGAAGACCGGAUUAUCAAGAAGUCAGGUAUCUAAUUGGUUCACCAAUGCAAGAGUGAGGUUGUGGAAGCCGAUGGUAGAAGAAAUGCACGCACUUGAGAGGAAAACUCAAUGCUCCAAGGCAGAAGAUAUGCCAAAAUUCUUCAGUUUGGUGACUGACCAGCAAAAUUCGUUACAUUCCCAGCUAUCCGAGAAGGAUUUCCAGAUUGCGUACUCACAUAGAGAUCAGGAUAGUAGUCAUUGUAAGCGCAGUAAGAUUGAAGCAUUCCCUAGAGCAGAGCAGGGAAAGGAACAGUUUAGCAUGCUUUGCAACCGUCUUCCAAACAACCAGGUUCUCGAUGUUGGAGGAAGUCAUAGUGGAGCACAUGUAAGCCAUUCUUCUGCUAUAGGCAGCAAUCAAGAUAAUACAACUGGUUUGUCGUGGUCUAAUCAUGGGCAAAUCGUACCAUUUUGGCUUGCCAAACAAUAAUUUUCAUGGUUCUAGGAAAUUGAUCUCGGCUCUUGAAAGUGCAUAAUGGAAUCUCAUAUGGACUACUCCAGAAUUAUUUGGCCAAAUUUGUCUAGGAAAACUGAUGCAACUGCUAUGCUCGAUCUUGAGAGUGCUUGAAAUUCUACUAGAUUCAUCAGAAUUCAAAUUGCUCGAAAGUUUGAGCAUGUGUAUGUAGUUUGUGUUUAAUUAGACGACUUCAUGUUUAGCAUUGUAGAAUAUAAUCAUUGACUUCCAUAGUUGCAAGUCCAACUUCCUUUGCUCGAAAAAUCUUGUGAUCGAUUAACAUCAUGUAUGAUAGAUAUUGUGAAAUUACCGUC